AUGUCAGCAAAGUCCAUUCUCGAAGCCGACGGCAAGGCCAUCCUCAACUACCACCUUACUCGUGCCCCAGUUGUCAAGCCCACUCCCCUGAAGCCCAGUGGUGUGCACAAUGCCCCCGCAAAACUCGCAUCUCUCUAUUUCCCUGAGGACGAGAGUGUUGAGACCAUCCUGAACCAAGCUGAGGCCACCUUCCCAUGGCUUUUGACUCCUGGCUCCAAAUUCGUCGCAAAGCCAGAUCAAUUGAUCAAGAGACGAGGAAAGAGUGGAUUGCUUGCAUUGAACAAGACAUGGCCUGAGGCCAAGGCGUGGAUUGCUGCAAGAGCCGGCAAGGAACAAAAGGUCGAGACAGUGGUUGGAUAUCUGAGACAAUUCCUCGUCGAGCCAUUCGUUCCUCAUCCCCAAGAUACCGAGUACUAUAUCAACAUCAACUCUGUCCGAGAUGGUGAUUGGAUUUUGUUCACUCACGAAGGUGGUGUCGACGUCGGUGAUGUCGAUGCAAAGGCCGAGAAGAUCUUGAUCCCAGUUGACCUCAAGAAAUUCCCUUCCAACCAAGAACUAGCUGCCGCCCUCCUCAAGAAGGUCCCCAAGGGUGUUCACAAUGUCCUCUUGGACUUCAUUGUCCGAUUAUACUCUGUCUAUGUUGACUGCCAAUUCACCUACCUUGAAAUCAACCCCUUGGUCGUCAUUCCCAACGCUGCCGGCACCUCUGCAGAGGUCCACUUCCUCGAUCUCGCUGCUAAAAUCGACCAAACGGCUGACUUCGAAUGUGGCACCAAGUGGGCCAUUGCACGGAGCCCAGCUGCCCUUGGUCUUCCCGGAGUCAAGACUGAUGGGAAAGUCACCAUCGAUGUUGGCCCCCCGCUGGAGUUCCCUGCGCCUUUCGGUCGCGAACUUACCAAGGAAGAGAAAUACAUCUCUGAUAUGGAUGCCAAGACUGGUGCUUCACUCAAACUCACAGUUCUGAACGCCCAGGGUCGCGUGUGGACUUUGGUCGCCGGAGGUGGUGCAUCUGUCGUUUAUGCCGAUGCCAUUGCCUCAGCAGGUUUCGUCAGUGAGUUGGCCAACUACGGUGAAUACUCAGGUGCACCCACCGAGACUCAAACAUAUAACUACGCCCGAACUGUUCUAGAUCUUAUGCUCCGCGCUCCCCAACACCCAGAGGGCAAGGUCCUUUUCAUUGGUGGUGGUAUUGCCAACUUCACAAACGUCGCCUCGACAUUCAAGGGUGUCAUCCGCGCCCUGCGGGAAGUUGCCACCGUCCUCAAUGAGCACAAGGUCCAAAUCUGGGUCCGAAGAGCAGGCCCCAAUUACCAGGAAGGCCUCAAGAACAUCAAGGCUGUUGGUGAGGAGCUGCAACUCAACAUGCACGUUUAUGGACCCGAGAUGCACGUCAGUGGUAUCGUCCCAUUGGCUCUGCUCGGCAAGAAAUCCACCAUCCCCGAAUUCGGUGGCUAG